AUGUCUGAUCAUAUUUCACCAGCAGAUCAAGAAAAAUUGGAUCAAUUCCAAUCAAUAACGGCUUUUAAAGAUGAAGAAUAUGAUAAAGUUGUUGCUUUAUUAAAGAAUAAUUGGUGGAAUCUUGAAGUUGCAUUAUCAAAAUAUUUCGAUGGUGAUUUGGAUAGAGAAGCUGCUCGUACACCACCACCAACUGAAUCAAGUACACAACCUAUAACAACUCAUGGUUCAACAGAUCAAUUCGCCACUCAAGGAGGUUUUAAUGAAGAUGAUUUUUGGUCACAAUUGAAUAAUACUAAUAAUCAAACUCCAAAUCAACUAUUAGCUUCAAAUGGUAUGUUACCUCAAUUACCAAUAAUGAGACCUUUAUCAAAUAAGUGGAAACAUCAACCUGGUUUAAAUAUAUCAACAAGUCAAAAUUUAUGGAAUCAAUUUGCAAAUUCACCAAUAUUAUUCAUAUUAUUAUUAAUUCCAAGAACUCUGACAUUAUUAUUCACAUCUAUAGGAUGGCUUUUCAGUUUUAUUUUCCCUUCAUCACCAGAUUAUGUUCCUGAAAAACCAACUUUAGAAAGUUUUGAUUUUACAAAUUAUUAUGAAACUAUAUUAGCUGAUAAAUCUGAUAUAAAUUUCCAUCAGGGGGAUUUUAAUGAUGCAUUUUUCCAAGCUAAAUCUGAAACAAAAUUUCUUUUAACUAUAUUAAUUGGUAAUAAUGAAGCUUCAAAUUUAUUUUUAAAAAAAAUUUUGAGUAAUUCCAUCGUUUCAAAUUUUAUAAGAGAAGAACAUAUCAUUGUAUAUGCUGGUAAUGUCAAUGAAAUUCAAUCUUAUGAAUUAGCCAAAAAUUUGAAAACUAUAGUUACACCAUCUGUUUAUUUAAUUGGUAAUGUUGCAAGUGGACCAAAUGCUAUAGCAAGUAUGUCAAUAUUAUCAAGAAUUCCAAUUAAAUCAACAAAUGUUUUCAUUAAUAAAUUACGUCGUGAAGUUGAAAAAUAUAAACCAGAAUUUAUAACAAGGAAAAUUGAACAAGAUGAAUUAAAUUAUUCAAGACAAAUUAAAGAAUUACAAGAUCAAGCAUAUCAAGAAUCUUUAAUUGCAGAUAAAAUUAAACAAGAACAAAAAGAAUUAGCUAAAAAACAAGAAUUACAAAAACAAAAAGAUGAAAUUUUUCAAAAAGAAAAUAAAUUAAAAUUUUUAAGUUCUUUACAAAAUUUUUUUAAUGAUGAUUUAAAUUCAUUACCAAAAGGUGAUUUUACAAAUAUAAGAUUUAAAUUACCAUCAGGUGAACAUAUAAUGCAAAGAUUUUCUAAAACUCAUUCAGUUUAUGAUAUUUAUUCAUUUAUUGAAUUAAAAUUAUAUUUAAAAUCAUUAUCAGAAGAUGAAUUAUCAAAAUUCCAAACACAUCCAAUUGAUUAUCAUGAAAAUUAUAAACAUGAUUUUAAAUUUGAAUUAAUUUCACCAUUUCCUCGGUUUGUUGUCCCUUUGGAACAAGAUAAAUUGGUUCAAAAUGUUGAUCAAUUAUGGCCAAAUGGUAGUUUAUUAAUUGAAUAUCUUGAAGAUAAUGAUGAUGAAGAUGACGAAUGA